UCUGCGGCUGUCACUUUUGUAACAGCGGCUCGACGCUGCGCUGCGCUUUGUAUGGAAGAUAAUAACGACCGGCUUGCAGAGUGGGGUCAUUCAUUUCCAUGCGGCGAUCGCUGUUUGAGGGAGCAACAUGGAUCCCGCAGAGUCAGGCGGCUUGAACGCUGCCGGUCCCGACCCAGGAGCGAGUCCUAAACCCGAGCUUUCUGCAGCGAUGCGGGCUAAAAUCGAGAGGAACCGACAGCGCGCGUUGAUGCUCCGGCAAGCCCGACUAGCGAGCCGCCCUUUGUCCGCGCUGGAGGGCGCAACCUCGGCCAAAGUGUCCAAGACCAUCGACUCCGGCGCCGGCUUCUUCAUCGAGGAGGAGGAGGGCGGAGAGGAAGAGCAGAAGGCCAGGAAGGUGGUGCAUCAGCCAGCUCCAGUGAUUGAGCCGGACUACCUGGUGUGCGACGACUGUCAAAAACCCUUCAUGGACUCCUACCUCAGCAACAGCUUUGACCUGUCUGUGUGUGACAAGUGCAGGGACAACGAGGAGAAGCACAAGCUGAUCUCCAGAACUGAGGCCAAGCAGCACUACCUGCUGAAGGACUGUGACAUUGACAAGCGAGAGCCUCCGCUCAGGUUUAUACUGAAGAAAAACCCUCACAACCCACGCUGGGGAGAUAUGAAGCUCUACCUCAAACUACAGGUGGAGAAGAGAUGUAUGGAGGUGUGGGGUUCAGAGGAGGCUCUGGAGGAGGCCAGGGAGAUGAGGGAAGAGAACAGGGAGGUGCAGAAACAAAAACGCUUCAACAAGAAGGUCAAAGAGCUGCGCAGGGCGGUGAGGAGCAGCAUGUGGACCAAAGACACCAGCAUUCACCAACAUCAGUACGGACCGGAGGAGGUGGUGGACCCAGAGGAGGACCUUUACAAGAAAACCUGCACCACCUGCGGACAUGAACUCACCUACGAGAAAAUGUAGACACACACACACACACACACACACACACGCUCUGACUCUCACAGUCUACAAAAAGAAGAUGUUUGGUGCUUCUGUGGGGAACCAUGCCUCUCACAGACCUCUCCCUCCAUUUCUUUCUUCUCACAAUCACUCUCCUGUGUGACACAGAGAGACUUUUUUAGGUCAGUAGUAAUUUCUAUUUUAAACAGCGAUUACUCACAUCAUCGUAAACGCUGAGAUAGCAGUAACUUUGCAGAUUGCUUUUCUAGUCCACUGCCUGUUGUUACAGUUCCUGUUAGGAAUCCCCUUUCACAUUGGGCAAAUCAAGGAAGGCACGAUAUUGAAAAGUGAAAAUUCUGUCUUGUGUAAAACAGUGAAUUGUGGGGCCCACUUUAUCUUUGUGACUGAAAAAGAUAUCAGCAUUAAGAAUAAAACCCUGCUUCCUUGUAGAGACAUGUAAAUUUCGAGAA